UUAGGGUUUUGCAAUUUAACAGUAUAAAGAGAGUACUGAGCUUUGUACUAAAUCGGAAUCUCUCUCGCUCUCUCUCUCUAUCUUCGUCUUCGUUGGUACCUUUCAGAUCGGAACAAGUUUCAACUUCACUAGAGGAAUUUAGCAUCUGACCGGAAGUCUCAUCCAAAAUGAGCCGGCCAAUGGAGGAAGAUGCUGUGGCUAAGAAUGAGGAAGAGGAAUUCAACACAGGACCACUAUCUGUACUCAUGAUGAGUGUGAAGAAUAACACACAGGUACUGAUAAAUUGCCGCAACAACAAGAAGCUUCUAGGCCGUGUCAGGGCUUUUGAUAGGCACUGCAAUAUGGUUCUUGAAAAUGUCAGGGAAAUGUGGACUGAGGUGCCUAAGACUGGUAAAGGAAAGAAAAAGGCUCAACCAGUCAACAAGGACAGAUUUAUCAGCAAAAUGUUCCUCCGUGGUGAUUCAGUCAUCAUUGUUCUUAGGAACCCCAAAUAAGCAUCAUCUAUGAAAGUCUUUUUUUGUCUUUGUUAUGGAAUUCUUGAUAAUUGAGUAUGGUUAGAUUGAAUGCUUCUUGAUAAUGAUAAUAUGCGGAAGAGAUAUUGAUGGAGGAUAUAUAGAAUUAGAUGUGGAUUUAUGUACUGUACGUAUUAACAAUCAAUGAAUGUAUGGAAUAGUUGACUCUGUAAUGAGCUUGUGCUUUUAUGUGGGUUUGAAAUUGUUUCUGGUGGAA